GCUCGGGCCUCGCGUUCUACAACCGCGUUUUUGCAGCUCUAGCCUCUCCCUGCACGCCCCGCCACCGCCGCCUCUGUCCGCCUUGCCUUCUCUGCUCUUACCCGACGCCAGAAUCAUGAAGGUCGCCAGUGGCAGCGCCGCGGCCGCCGCGGGCCCCAGCUGCCCGCUGAAGGCCGGCAAGACGGCGGGCGGCGCGGGCGAGGUGAUGCGCUGCCUGUCGGAGCAGAGCGUGGCCAUCUCGCGCUGCGCCGGCGGCCCCGGGGCGCGCCUGCCCGCCCUGCUCGACGAGCAGCAGGUGAACGUGCUGCUCUACGACAUGAACGGCUGCUACUCGCGCCUCAAGGAGCUGGUGCCCACCCUGCCCCAGAACCGCAAGGUGAGCAGGGUGGAGAUCCUCCAGCACGUCAUCGACUACAUCUGGGACCUGGAGUUGGAGCUGAACUCGGAAUCCCAAGUCGGGACCCCGGGGGGCCGGGGGCUCCCCGCCCGGGCCCCGCUCAGCACCCUCAACGGCGAGAUCAGCGCCCUGGCGGCCGAGGCAGCAUGUGUUCCAGCGGACGAUCGCAUCUUGUGUCGCUGAAGCGCCGCCCUCAAGGACCGGCAGACCCCGGCCCUCCAGGGGACGAGAGGAAUAAGUGCUCUCUGGUCCUCAAGCGCCUCGCUGGAGCUCGGGAGGAACAAGACUGCGAUCCGGAGGCCAUGGGGCGCUUGCGGGAUCCAGCCCAGGGCUGGGGAACUGAGGGGGGCAGGCCGGCCCUCCCUCCGCACCUACCGGCCACCAGAGACUUGGGGGGGGGAGAUUUUUUCCCCGUGUGUUUCUAUUUUUUGAAAAGCAGACAUUUUAAAAAAUGGUCACGUUUGGUGCUUCUCAGAUUUCUGAGGAAAUUAAUUGCUUUGUAUUGUAUAUUACAAUGAUCACCGACUGAGAAUAUUGUUUUACAAUAGUUCUGUGGGGUGUUUUUGUUGUUGUUAUUAAACAAAUACUUUAGAUGGUAAA